UCAUUUCAUCUCAAUAUAUUUCUCCCUCUGAAACCUUUCUAGAUCUCUCUUCUCAUAGCUCUUCCGCCUUCUCUACCACGUAAAUCUUUCCACCAUUCCUUCUUGCCUUCUCUUCACUAUUGCCAUAUUUUCAUUUUUUUUUCUUAUUGGAGCUAUUCUCGCCAUUCUGCCGCCGCCGUGCCACCAGCUGCCGCCGUCGCAUCUCAACAUACUUCUUUCAGACUUAUGAUGCUAUUGUUGGUGACGUAAAAAUCCUAGCCCGCAGACUGAUCAAAAGACAUGGAGUUCACACGGUCAUAUAUAGAGUCACGCUUGACAAUGAUAAUUCUUGUGGAGUAUGAUAAAUCUAAGAAAGCAUGGAUGUUUCUGAAGCCUUUCACUAGGAACACAUCGUGUAUACUAAAGUUUGCUUGCUAUAGAGGUAUGCCAAGAUUUAAAAGGUUCAUAGGUAAGAGUCGACCAAGGGACCUUAACUCCUCUAAAGGAUGUAACGGGCAUUCUAAGGCUACCCAAUGCAAGUUUUUGUUAAUGGUACUGAGUAGCACUUCUGCGAACAAUGCAGCAGAAUUUGAUGACAAAAAGCACAGUUGCCACAAGCGCCUUGCAUAGCACAAUGAAUGCAGACAGAAAGCCUCUGAACCUAACAAAUUCAUUGGGGUAACCAAGAUUCUUCAGUCUUGUUCUAAUCUUGUCUUUGUUUUAGCAUAUUUGUUAUGAUUUGAUCUGCAAUUGUUAAUUCAUUCAUGUCGCAGGGGUUGUAGCAAGGUUCUUAGAUAUUGCUUUCCCAAAGGCUGCCAAUGCUAUUCAACUUUAAUUUUCUACAGAACAUUCUAUACUUCUAUACUUACUGUCACUUCUAUUUGAUGGUACAUCACAAUCUCAAGCAAAUAAUAUAUAUUCUAAAAUUGUUUGGUGUAGUGGCAUGUGCAUAAGAACUUUUUGGUAUCAAUUUAAAAAAUUCUUUGAAGCUUUUUGGUAUAGAACUUUUGUUUUGAUCCUCAAAAAUGCUGAGGCAUUGUGUAUAUUAUGUUAGGGAGCAAACUUCAGGGAUCUGCCUGGUGUUAGUGUUGUAGACAAUAAAGUGCAAUGGGAUCCAAAUGUAGAGAGGGUGUACUUGAGCUCACUUUUCUUCCUUCAGCAAUUCCCUUAGCUGUUAUAAUUGACUAAAUUCAUUCUUUAAC